GCCCUCGUCAAAGUAUGCCUCGAGGUAGCGCUCACAGACCUGGUUGAAGGUCCAGAAAGCAUCAACCUCAGGCAUGAACAUAAGAAGGACGGCCGCGAUGGGAGCCUGGCCCUGACAGUAGCCCUUGCCAACAUGACGAACGGUGUAGGCUUUGAGCACUGUGAAGAGGCUCUCUUGGCUGAACGAUGGUGA